GGCAGCAGCGACCGUGCACGCCCGGGCUGCGGUCGCAGCAGCGCUAACGCGAGCGCCCGCCGCCGCCCUAGCCACCCCGCCUGCCCACUCCCGCUGCCGCCGGGCUCUCGCUUUCUCCCCGGCCUCCCCUCGACCCUUCCCCUCCCCCUUCCCGGCACACUCGGGGGACUGGGAACGUGCUGCCAUGUGAUGCGCGUCCUCUCCGCGAGCUUUCGGUGACCCCCCUCCCAGGCUGCGGACCGGGAGGACGCGGGGAAGAGGAGGCGGAAAAGGACGCAAAGUUCUCUGGCGAGUGCAGCUGUCUGCUGCAGGAAGUGAGGUCUGCGGGACCAAGGUGAAUCUUUAAGAGCUGCCUUGCAUUGUGACAUGUCUGAUCCCUUGCUGCAGUCCCUACAGCAUGAACAAGGUGGACACUCGCUGACCUGUCACAAGGUUGCCCCACAGAGCUUUGGGGUCCAUGUCUGAAUGGAUUGCCGUAGCCUUCUCUUCUCUCCCUUCGCCCAGUUCCCUGCAUCCUAAGACUUGAAGCCAGCACGGGACCUGGAAAAAUUACAUGGUGUGAACGGCAUGUCUGUGGAUGAGAAGCCUGACUCCCCCAUGUAUGUGUAUGAGUCCACAGUCCACUGCACCAACAUCCUCCUGGGCCUCAAUGACCAGCGCAAAAAGGAUAUUCUCUGUGACGUGACUCUGAUCGUGGAGAGGAAGGAGUUCCGGGCCCACCGAGCUGUGCUGGCCGCAUGCAGUGAAUACUUCUGGCAGGCGCUGGUUGGACAGACGAGAAAUGACUUGGUGGUCAGCUUGCCUGAGGAGGUCACGGCCAGGGGGUUUGGGCCGCUGUUGCAGUUCGCCUACACCGCCAAGCUGUUACUCAGCAGAGAAAACAUCCGCGAGGUCAUCCGCUGUGCCGAGUUCCUGCGCAUGCACAACCUGGAGGACUCCUGCUUCAGCUUCCUGCAGACCCAGCUCCUGAACAGCGAGGAUGGCCUGUUUGUGUGCCGAAAGGACGGUGCGUGCCAGCGCCCGCACGAGGACCGUGAGAACAGCGCCGGAGAAGAAGAGGAGGAGGAGACGAUGGAUUCGGAGACGGCCAAGAUGGCUUGCCCCAGGGACCAGAUGCUUCCAGACCCCAUCAGCUUUGAGGCCACUGCCAUCCCAGUAGCAGAGAAGGAAGAAGUUUUGCUGCCGGAGUCCGACGUGCCCGCGGACACCAAGGAGAGCGCGGCAAAGGACGCAUUAACGCAGUACCCCAGAUACAAGAAAUACCAGCUUGCAUGUACCAAGAAUGUCUAUAACGCAUCAUCACACAGUACCUCAGGUUUUGCAAGCACAUUCGGUGAAGAGAACUCUGGCAACAGCCUCAAGCCGGGGCUUGCCAUGGGGCAGAUUAAAAGCGAGCCGCCCAGCGAAGAGAACGAAGAAGAGAGCAUCACGCUCUGCCUGUCUGGAGAUGAGCCUGACGUCAGAGACAGAGCCGGGGACGUGGAAAUGGACCGGAAACAGCCCCGCCCCGCCCCCGCGCCCGCCCCCGCCCCCCCUGCCGGGGCCGCCUGCCUGGAGAGGUCCAGGGGCGCGUCCUCCCCCUCCUGCUUAAGGUCUCUGUUCAGCCUAACAAAAAGUGUGGAGUUGUCCGGCCUGCCCGGUACCUCUCAGCAGCACUUUGCCAGGAGUUCCGCGUGCCCUUUUGACAAGGGGAUCACUCAGGGUGACCUUAAAAGUGACUACGCCCCUUUCCCAGGGAAUUACGGACAGCCCCACAUGGGCCAGAAGGACGCGUCCAGCUUCACAGUGGGGUCCCCCCUCAAGGGGCCUGGGUUGGAGGCGCUCUGUAAACAGGAAGGAGAGCUGGACCGGAGAAGUGUGAUCUUCUCCUCCAGCACUUGUGACCAAGUGAGCACCGCGGCGCACUCGUACUCUGGGGUAAGCGGUUUGGACAAAGACCUCUCCGAGCCGGUGCCAAAGGGCCUGUGGGUGGGGACUGGCCAGUCCCUCCCCAGCUCACAGGCCUACCCUCACGGUGGGCUGAUGGCUGAACACUUGCCAGGAAGGAUGCGGCCCAACACCAGCUGCCCGGUGCCAAUCAAAGUCUGCCCUCGCUCGCCCCCGUUGGAGGCCAGGACUCGGACUUCGAGUUCGUGUUCCUCCUACUCGUACGCCGAAGACGGGAGCGGGGGCUCACCCUGCAGCCUGCCUCUCUGCGAGUUCUCCUCCUCGCCCUGUUCCCAGGGAGCCAGAUUCCUGGCCACAGAACAUCAGGAACCAGGCCUGAUGGGAGAUGGAAUGUACAACCAAGUCCGACCCCAGAUUAAAUGUGAGCAGUCUUACGGCACCAACUCCAGCGACGAAUCCGGAUCGUUCUCCGAAGCAGACAGUGAGUCGUGUCCUGUGCAGGACAGGGGCCAGGAGGUCAAACUUCCCUUUCCUGUAGAUCAAAUCACAGAUCUCCCAAGGAAUGAUUUCCAGAUGAUGAUUAAGAUGCACAAGCUAACCUCAGAGCAGUUAGAGUUCAUUCACGACGUCCGCCGGCGCAGCAAGAACCGCAUCGCGGCCCAGCGCUGCCGCAAGAGGAAGCUGGACUGUAUUCAGAACUUAGAAUGUGAAAUCCGCAAACUGGUGUGUGAGAAAGAGAAGCUGUUGUCAGAGAGGAAUCAGCUGAAAGCAUGCAUGGGGGAACUGCUGGACAACUUCUCCUGCCUUUCCCAGGAAGUCUGCAGAGAUAUCCAGAGCCCUGAGCAGAUCCAGGCCCUGCAUCGGUACUGCCCUGUCCUCAGACCCAUGGGUCUCCCCACAGCCUCCGGUAUGAACCCCGUGCCCUUGGGCGUGGAGCAGAACCUUGCCGCCCCCCAGUGUGCGGUGGAGGAAAGCGUGCCCUGCUGCUUGGAGCAGGGCACAGCGGCCCCCGGGCCCCCAUGGGCGCCCAGCAGCGCCUCAGAGAACUGUAAUUCUGCUCGGAGGCUGGAAGGCACUGACCCAGGAACCUUCUCAGACAGAGGUCCUCCUCUGGAACCCAGGAGCCAAACGGUGACCGUGGACUUCUGCCAGGAAAUGACUGAUAAGUGUACAACCGAUGAACAGCCCAGGAAAGAUUACACCUAGUGACGGCCUGCCUCCUAAUUCUCAACCCUCUCCCACCCAGGUGUCCAUGGGUCAGCCUGCGGUGCCGUUUGUCUGUCGUCUGGAAGAACCAAGAAGGAAUUUGGUGCACACUACAGCAGUCUUAGCAGCAAUACUGUUUCCAAGUAUUCUCUCCUCCCUUCAAGCAGGAGCGAUAUAUAGUUACCUUCACGAUGGUGCUACCCCUUGCUCAGGCAAGGAAAGACGACAGUGCUGAUGCUGUCUGUCUGUGGGUUCAUUUCAGUCUUAACAGGGAUAGACUAUAACACCUCUAGGACCCAACCACGGAUUUUUUUUCUCAGUGGCCCAUGUCACAAACCCUAUCUCAGGAAUUUCUUCUGAAUGUUCAAUUUUUUUCAUUGAAGACAGCUUCUAUACACAUCAAAGUUUUAUAGCUAGACUGUACAUAUUAUAUAUAAUAUAUAUAUAAAAUAUAUAUCUCUCUCCAUAUGCAAAAGUCCUGCAUGCCUCAAUUUUCUCAUCCUAAAACUGGAAACUUCGUUUCUCGUUUAUAAACAGGUUCCAACAUUCCUCUUCUUUUGUCUCCGACGCUAGAACUAGUUUGUAAUUGUUAAGAUGGUCGUUUUUCUUGCUUCACAGUUCACUUUCAAGUUGUGCUUAUUUAUGGACAGAAUUCAAUGUUGGAAGCUUUCUUUGAGGUUUUAUUUCAGACCUUUUUUUGUUUGUUUGGUUUGGUUUGGGCACCAUCAGAUGGUGCCAGUUGAGUAUCGUGGGUUUGGUUUUUUCUUGCAGAUACUGUACAGUCAAGGUCAACUUUGCCACUUGCACUGAGUUUUGGGUCAAACCUAUUUUCUUAAAUGAAGUUGUCACUUCAGUAUAACUCAAGUAAACUGUAUAUUCUUUGCUUUUAGUUAAAAAAGUAAAACAGUUAGCUAAUUAAAAAAAGCACUCAGGUGAUAAUUAUGUAGGAAAAACAAUCUUGCCAAAUAAUGAAUUCAUCCUAGGAUGUAGACAAUAAUCUGCUUGAAUAUUUUUAUAUUUCACCUCCUCCCCACCUUUUCCUAAGCAAAGUUUAAACGCAGAGAGUUCAGAGUUGAUGCUGGAUGUUCAGAUUCCUAAGUGGGGAAAGAGUUUGGACGUCUCACUCAAAAGCGCAUCGAAACAGCAGGAAUCGUGAUUUUGUACCAGAACUCAGCAGGCAUUGGCUCCUAAAUAGCAAGUUAGAACUGUUUUCUCAGCCCGGGAGUAAGUCCCAUUCAUUUCAACACUUCCCCAGGCCUCUGCUUGCUCUCGGAAGCAUAGGAUAGUAGGAACUUCUCCGUCGAACGACUUGGCUGCUCAGCAAGCCAGCUUCCCAGCCCAGGACCUGCCUCCUGCCAGGGACUCACCUGAGGGGGUCUGAAUCACAGCCCUGGGGGUGCCGCCCUGAGGUGGCUGUCCUGGGGUUAAUGCAGCUGGCCCAGAGUAGGAGAGAGCAGGACAGAUGUUAGCCUGAGGUUUGUCCCUGACGCAGGCAAAAGCAUUUCUUUCUCCCUUCUUUCUCCAAAUGCUUUGAGUUGAAUUCUGAGAUUUUUCCACCCUUCUCUAGUCCGAAGGCAGAUUUCUUUCUGAGGCUUUGGACACGACGUGGCCAGGAGCCCUCCCUGCCCCCCACUCACCAGGCACACACCUUACCCUCACCUGAUGAUCAUUUCCUUCUCUUGCUGCAAAACUAGUUGGCUUGCAACCCACAGAGAGCAGCUUCCCUUGGCUCAGGGGGCACGUUGGCCCCUGGCCACGUUUACAGGAAGGUGUGCCGGACGCCACAGCCGGCGCAGGGGAGAGAUCAGCUCCCUCCCUCCUCCGGGCCGGCUGCAGGAAAAGUCCUGAACAGUCUGAUGUGGGGAUGGGGUGGUGGGCAGUGGGGACUAGGUGGUUGAUUUUGUUUCUUUAUUUGUGCCAUUGUUUGGAAGAUAUUAAAGCUGCAUGUAAAAGGGGAAAUUAGUAUAUGACGUAGGCGAAAAGUGAAAUCAUAGUAACAUAUGUUUUAGUAUUAACUUUUUUCUGUACAAAUAUUAGUGCUAAAUGUUUAAAUAUGUAUGAAUGCCAGAAAUUUGUUGGUUCAUGCGGUAGGAUUAAAAAAAAAAGGCUUUUCUUUGAAAAUAGUUCCACUUUUAAAACCUGCCUCUGGGUUUUUGUUUUUUCUCACGUGUGUAUGUAUGGUGCGUGCUCGUCUGAGACAGACUGUGAUCCAGCUCUGAGUUGGAGGUACCGUUUUUCUUGUGGCUGUUGGGAUUUCUUGGCCUAGUAGAAGAGUUCUGUGCUUCACCGUGAGGUUUGCCUUUGGGAAAUACUGGUGACAGCUCGAAUUUAAACUCGUUGUGAAUCAUGUGAUCCGUCACAGGCGUGUGUUCUGGUAGAAGAGUCGGCCAACAGUAUUUUUUUGGUUUUUUAACUCUCUUGUUGCCUUUUUUAAGUGACCUCCUCUUCUUUGGAAAAAGGAAUGUUUUCUGCUCAUAUCGUAACAAGGUCUAAACCAGCCCGUUGGCGUGACUGACCCUGGUACCAACACAUGUGCAUCUGGUAGUCAUGGUCCCAUUCGUGCCGUCCCCGUUCUGUUGUCCUGUGCGGCAGGCCUCCCGCUGGGGGGGGGAGGGGUGUCCUCUAUUCCCCUCCCUGCUAACUCAGCCCACAGUCUCCUCCCACCAGCCCCUGCCUCGCGUUUCUUCCUCUGCCCCAGUCACACCCCUGCCACUCUGGCCGUGGGAACUGGUUAAAAACACUGCUGGAGAAACUGUCUUUCGAUUUCUUAGAGAUGUGAACAAGUUAUUGGGAUUUGGUUCACUAUCGACCAGGAACAAGCGACUGGCUUUGUGCAAUUGUUGAUGUGACGCGUCUGUGUCUCUUACGGCUCCGAACCAUGUGCUUGUCAAGAUUAUUUCCGGGUUGAUUCAAAGGGAGGACUAGCUGGGGACCAGAGUCCAAGUUGCCUCAAGUGGAAUUUUAAAAACCAGCCUGUCUCCUUUCCCUGGGAUCCCUUAGUGCAACUCAUGUCUUUUCUGAAAGAGAAAAGCAAGUUAACAGCAAGGAAUAGCAUCUGCACGGCAUGGUGACAUUGAGUGGUAUCUUUAAGGGUCCAUCCUUACAGAUAUAAAGGACUCUUCCAGCUACAGAAUGUUCAGGAGGGUCCCUGCGACAGGCGAGUUGUGUCUCCAGGUGGCUGGGUCAGGCAUGGGCUGUUGGAACGGGGACAGUGGAGGUGGCCCUGUGGCUAGUUAACAUCCGCCUGAAACUAGUCCUCCCAUCGGAUCUGCCUUUGUUUUACUUGUGUCUCCGGACAACCUCACUUCGUUCAGGUUGGUCAGGCUUGGGCAGGUGCAUGCUUUGCCGUAUGUGUCUGUUUCUCUUCGUUAUCUGGGGGUGCCUUGAAUAAAAGAACUUCAUGACAUACUGAUUCUGGAACAAAACUGUUGCAAAAACGAACAAAGAAAGAGCUGGCAAAGUUACUAGCCCACCUGCUCCUUCUCUUCUGGGUUCCCUAACAAUGACUCAGGCGUCAGAGGUGAUGCUGCACUAGGAAAUGUUAUUUUGUAUAGUGUACAAGUAAUUUAUUAACUGUCUUUCUAAAGGUAUGCUGCUUUUAAGAUGCACUAUGAUUUUGGAUUUAAUCCUUGUGUUGCUUUCCCAAGGAAGUAAAAAAAAAAAAAAAAAAAAA